AUGGAGAAAAACACAAAUAAUAUCAGUUCAGAAGAAUUAUUGCCAAUUUCGGUAUCUGAUUAUGGUCCUGAAAAAUACGAAGAAAGGAAUGCAUUAUCACCUUUGCUGGUUGAAAACAAGAAGGUAUUUAACAAAUUUCCUAUAGAAGAACAAGAUUUUUGUUCAGACGAUAGUGUCAAGGAUCCUGACUACGAAAAUAAUAUAAUAUUAAGUGAUUCGGAUAGUUAUGAAACUAACAUUAAUAAAACUUUUUCAACACAACGACAGAAAAGAUAUUCUAAAACCAAAAAGGUACCAAAUAAAAAGUUUACUUUUGAUAUUCGUAAGCCUUUGCUGCCGUUACAGAACAAAAGAGACUAUGUUUCCGAAACCACUCUUCAAACAGCGGAUAAUAAAUUAAACAGGCAAUCUGAUCGUGAUAAAACUGGUCUUGCUGCCCCAACCUCCUCAACAGCUAUCGAAAUUAACAGCAAUAUUGAACAGAAUCAGUCUGAUUUAGCAAUUACAAAUUUAAACAGCUCUCAACAAAGGUCUAGCUCAAGAAUCUCAUCCAGUGCCAGUUCUUCAGAUUCCAGCAGUUCUUCUUCUUCUGAUUCAAGCAGCUCAUCGGAUUCCGAAUCAGAAAGUCGUGACGUAGCAGGCGUUAUCAUAUCAGAUCCAGUGGUAGAAAAUAACAUAUCAGUCUGUCUCUCAAAUGAGAUUGCAGCUUCUAACCAGAAUCCUGAAACAAGCUUCAAUUCAGAGGCAAAUUCCAGAACUAUAUUAGACACUACUGAUCCUGAUAAUUCUGCAGUCCUUUCACCAUCAUCAAAUACAAUAAAAUUAACCCGAAAACGUAAGCUAAAUCCAGAAAAAUGA